AGUGGCUUCAUCUCCAAUGAGGAGAGCAAACAGAAGCUGGUUCCCAUCAUGACCAUCCUGCUGGAGGAGCUGAACGCCAAAGGAAGGUGCACCCUGCCCAUAGAUGAGUCAAACACCAUCCACCUGAAGGUGAUCGAGCAGCGCCCGGACCCCCCCAUCGUGCAGGAGUACGACGUCCCCGUCUUCACCCAGGACAAGGACGACUUCUUCAACUCCCAGUGGGACCUCACCACGCAGCAGAUCCUGCCCUACAUCGACGGCUUUCGGCACGUGCAGAAGAUUUCCGCAGAAGCCGACGUGGAGCUGAACUUGGUGCGCAUUGCGGUGCAGAACCUGCUGUACUACGGGGUCGUCACGCUGGUCUCCAUACUCCAGUACUCCAACGUCUACUGCACCACGCCGAAGGUCCAGGACCUGGUGGAUGACAAGUGCCUCCAGGAGGAGUGUCUGUCCUACGUCACCAAGCAAGGGCACAAGCGAGCCAGCCUGAGGGACGUCUUCCAGCUCUACUGCGGGCUGAGCCCCGGCACCACGGUGCGAGACCUCAUCUCCCGCUACACCCUGCAGCUGCAGAGAGUGGAUGAGAGGAGGCUUAUCCAGUUUGGCCUGAUGAAGGGCCUUAUCCGGCGGCUCCAGAAAUACCCGGUCAAGGUCUCGCGGGACGAGCGGAGCCACCCGGCCCGGCUGUACACGGGCUGGUUGUUUUAG